CAGGAAGGGAGGAAAUUACUCUUUUCCUGAUUGCUGGGUAGCUAAACUCUUGUCUUUCCUGCAGGGGUAUUAAUCGAUGAGGUGCUAAUUCAAACAGUGAUGAAAAAGGAACAGGGAAGAAUUUUAAAAACAGAACUGUAAACAGCUGAAUCCUCAAAACAACUUUAUUAGAAGGAAGGCAGUAGCCAAGUGAAGCAGCUGGAAUCACACUGAAGGCGCUCUGAACUUUGCAGAUCACUUCGCUCUUUCCUCCGCUGCAGCUCUCACGUCCCUGAUUUACAGUGCACUUCCUUUCAAAGAGCUAAACGAGAAAGCAACUGUGUGUCAUGGAAUUUGAAGACUUUGAGAAUUACUCUUAUAUCUACGACCUGUCUGAGGAAGAUGAAUCACCCCAGUCCUCCCUCAGCAUUGCCCAUAUGAUUUCCCUUUCCUUUUACAGCGUGGCAUUUCUGCUGGGAGUGCCAGGUAAUGCCAUUGUCAUCUGGUUUAUGGGCUUUAAGUGGGAUAAAUCUGUCUCUACGCUCUGGUUCCUCAAUCUGGCCAUUGCAGAUUUCAUCUUUGUUCUCUUCUUGCCCCUUUAUAUUACAUACGUGGCAAUGGGCUUCCACUGGCCUUUUGGGAAGUGGCUCUGCAAAAUGAACUCAUUCAUUGCACUACUUAAUAUGUUUGCCAGUGUUUUCUUCCUGACAUUCAUCAGCCUUGACCGCUACAUCCGCCUAGUCCAUCCAGUCUUUUCCUACAAGUAUCGGACUGUAAGGAACACCCUUAUUCUUAGUGGGAUCAUUUGGAUCUCAGCUGCAAUUAUCGGUGGCCCUGCUUUAUACUUCAGAGACACAACUACAGUUCUCAACAACAUCACCCUUUGCUACAACAACUUCCACGUGCAUGACAGAGAACUCAUUCUGCUGAGACACCACCUUCUGAUCUGGGUGAGACUUGCAUUUGGUUACCUCUUUCCCCUCAUCACCAUGGUCAUUUGCUACUCGCUGCUGAUUGUCAAGGUGAAGAGGAGAACUGUCCUAACUUCCAGCAGGCUUUUCUGGACCAUCAUUGCAGUAGUCGUGGCUUUUUUUGUUUGCUGGACACCGUAUCACAUAUUUAGCAUCGUGGAGCUGUCCGCUCACCAUAAUGAAAACUUGCAUGGCUUAUUGCAGGAUGGCAUCCCCCUCUCCACAGGCCUUGCUUUCAUCAACAGUUGCCUUAAUCCAAUCCUCUAUGUUCUGAUUAGCAAGAAGUUCCAGGCCCAAGUCAAGACAACUGUCUCCGAAGUGCUAAAAUUGGCGCUGUGGGAAGUGAGCCACUCGGGGACCGUCAGUGAGCAGCUGUGGAGCUCGGACAACACCAACGCGCCUGCACACUGUGAAACCGCGCAGUGA